AUGAUACGCCAUAAAGACAACUCAAAGGCACUCAGGCCGCACCACAAGAGGAUAAUCCACGAUAUCAAGGAUGCGACUAUGCUACCACCCGAGACAUUCCUAUCAUGGUGUUGUUCUAAUCUGGAAAGGUGGAGGGACAAAGAUCGAGACCACUUAGAGAUAAGCAAGAGGGCAGAGAGGGUUGCGUCCUAUGUCACACAGGUGGCUUAUACCCACUACUACAAGACACCUCCUCCUGAUAUACUUAUGACUCAACUGCCCACCUCUCACAUAUAUGAACAUCUCUCAUCUGUGUGGGAAUCCGUGAUUGAAGAAGUCUCCCAGUCGUCACAAGCACGCAUGGAAGUAAAGAUAGGAUCUGUCCAAGUGGUUUUUGAUGCAGAUCUGUGCAUAGUAUGGGUGAAGACUAACCAGUGCUAUGUUGUUCCCUACUCACUAAUACUUUGUUUUGCGGACAUGUGCUCGUCAUGGGCUGCUGUACACAUAUACUCUACACUUUACAACAACAAAUACCCAGGGUACUCUUUAAACAUAGAAGUGAGAGAGUGCUUAGAUCGUAUGAGAUUCAUGCUAGUUCAACAUGGGCAGUUAGCAUAUAAGCUUUUGAAGAUGUGGCCAUCCCUCGCUAUAGGAGCAAUUUUAAGAGACUUAGAGCACUCUGAUGAAUUUCUAAAAACAAUAACUCAAGAUCUUCCUUUCUCUUUAAAGGCAACUGACUUUUACAAGCAUGAAGUCAGCACCAUAAUGGGGCCCACCCACGCCAUGAUCAGACUAGACAUCAUAGGGUUAUGGAAAACCAUGGGUCACCCGAUAGUGGACAUGGAUGAGACUACCAAGUCCUGGAUGAAUAAAGGACUCGUUAUGAAACAGGACCUAGGAGAAGCUGCAGAGGACAUCUGUAACAUGUUUAAGAAGGAGUUUUGCAGACAGUUUUAUAAGAGCCAUAACAAAUGGCCUGCCGUAUCACUAGGUUUCAAACUAAAUCCUCACAUCCGAACGUGUAUACUAGAGAAUGAGUGGGGGGAGACAUGA